AUGAUUUGUCCGCACUGGCUAGCCAUUCUGUGGCUCGGCAUCAUAGGAGCAACAUCAGCUUGGGCCGCCGAAAAUGCAACAGUGUCGCCGGCCAAGCUCGUUGCGGGUGCAUUUAUUCUCGAAUGUGAGAGCGGUCAGAUUUGCGAAUCAGUCGCUAAAGCUGUUGAGAAAAGGGGCGGCACAUUACGCCGGACAUUCAACUCGGACGUGUUCCAUGGCAUCUCGGUUCAGUUGUCUAACUUGACGGCCGAAGAGGACAAAAAGGCCUUGGUGGCACAAUUCAAGGGUAUCAAAGGAACGUGGCCAGUGCAGGGCCUCGCUCAAUCUUCUGAUAGUACGGCCAAGAGCCAACCAGAAGACAAGCUGGAGGAGAAGUCAACGCCAGGACAGGGGGGAGGGGAGCUGCUAGAGAAGAGGCUGGCGGCGACGCCAAAGACGUACAAGCGGCACAAAUGUCUUAGAGGUCGAGCCGAGGAUGACCAUGUCGAGUCCCCUUGGAACCACCUUAUGACGCAUGUGGACAAGCUGCACAAGGAGGGUUAUAUGGGGAGUGGUAUCAAGAUUGCUGUUGUCGACACUGGAGUCGACUACAACCACCCCGCGCUGGGAGGUUGCUUUGGACCGGCCUGCAAGGUUGCUACUGGAGAUAAUUUUUCGAACGAGGGAGACAAAGGCGACCCUUUAGACUGCCACGGCCACGGCACCAUCGUGGCCAGUAUUCUGGCUGGCCAUGACAAGGCCAAGGGUUUUGUUGGCGUGGCGCCGAACGCAACCAUUAUGGCAUAUCGCGUGCUCAACUGCAGGGCCACUGGAAGCGAAGACGACAUGAUAGCAGGUUGGCUCAAGGCAAAAGAGGACGGCGCGCAGAUUAUCAUCUCGUCGUCUGGAUUCGAGGGACAGAACUGGGCCCAGAGACCGCUUGCCAUGGUCGCUUCUCGCAUCGUCGCCAGCGGAGUGCCUUGCAUCGUCGGUCUGGGAAACAUGCAGAACGAGGGCCUCUUUUUCACCCUGAAUCCCGCUACCGGCCGCGGAGUCACGGCUGUCAACUCGUUUGCCCGUACUGAUGUAGCACUGGAGGACCGCGGUACAUACUCGAUCGGCAACAGGUCUGAGCCCGUCGAGUUUAUGUUUGCGCCUGGCUGGCGGGGGCCGCGUGAUUGGGACAAGGAGUGGCGUCCGCUGCACGAUGUCGACGCCGACUUUGGCGACAAGCCCGACGAUGAUCUCAUGGGUGGUAAAGACGUGCCCAUCGCCAUCGACGAUUGGACCUAUCUCGAAAGAAAUUGCAAGCUAUCGCCGGGCAACUCGAGCAACGGUUUCGAUCAAGACCUCGUCGGCCGCAUCGCCUUGAUCCGCCAGACGCCGGAGACCAAAAACUGCAACUUCUAUGAUCGGGUGCGAAACGCGGUCGCGCGCGGUGCGGCGCACAUCCUCGCCUGGCAAGACGACCCGACCUACGUCAUGGUCGAAAGAAAGGACGCAAAAAGGGUCAGAGCAAUCGGCAUCACCGGAUCGGAUGUCGGCCGUGCCAUGGCCCGGGCCCUCGCAGCCAGCGCGCCGGUCACGGCACGAAGAAUCGGGAGAAUGCGGAUCGAAACGGGGUAUAUCGCGGCCCGGUCGGCGUACGGACCGACAUGGGACAUGGACAUCAAGCCGAAUGUCGGUGCGCCCGGUCAGGAUGUUCCUGUAGCGUACAAGGAUGGCGGUUACGGCUCCCAAUCGGGCACCUCUUAUGCCGGGCCUCUUGUUGCUGGCGUCCUUGCUCUCAUGGCUGAGGUUCGGGGCACCUUUGAUCCCGCCCUCCUCAACAGCCUACUUAUGUCAACGGCGGAGCCCCAAAACGAGGAUGGCCGCCCGAUAACCGUGGUCCAGCAGGGAGGUGGCCUUGUCAAGGCGUGGGAGGCGGCCCAUGCAACGACCCUCGUCGAGCCCGGUGCCCUGACGUUUAACGAUACCGAUAACCGGGUUCGCUCCAUCGGCCUGCGCAUAACCAACACGGGCAAGACCGAGGUGACUUACCAGCUUUCCAACCUCGCCGCCACGACGCUAUACACCUUCGCGAGCGGCUCCAUUCGGCCCAGCAGUGGUGAAGCCGUCAACGCCACGGCCAACAUCAAGCUGAGCCAAACCUCCGUCGUCGUCGGCCCGGGCCAGUCGGUCACCGUGGACGUCUCGGCCGCGGACCCCAGCGGCCUUGAUGCCAAGCGUCUGCCCCUGUGGUCCGGCUGGGUAGCAAUCAAGGGGUCUGACGGUAGGAAACUGACCGUUCCCUACCUCGGACUGGGCGGCUCGCUUCGCUCGGCUACCGUCCUCGAUCCUGCCAGCGCACUGAGAACCUUGGCCAAUUCGGAAUUCGUCCUUCCCGAUCCGCCAAAUGGGCAGAAGCCUGGUCCUUCUGGGGAAAUAAAGCAGUCUCGGGCUGCCAUUCGCGGUCCGGCCAUCUCCACCGAGAUUGACCUCGUCCUCGGGUCUCCCCAGCUUCGCGUCGAUAUUGUGCCACUCGAUCUGUGCUCGGCGUCCGGUCCUGUCAACGCGAAAAGGGUUGGUAGUCGAGCCGCAGCCGGGUUUGCUAAGCGAUCAAACACAACUGAGUUGGAUCUAUCCAAGGCUUGCGUGCCCGACUCGAUGGUGACAGAGGUUUCUGGUGUCAAGUCUAUCGGUCAGCUGCCUGGCUAUCCAAACCACCAUGUCAAGCGCGGAAGCGUCCAACUCGAUUGGGCCGGUGAAUUUGCUCCGGGACAGUAUGCGCCGCCCGGUAGGUACAAGAUAGUUGCUCGAGCCUUGUCCAUCAUGGGUGAGGCCGCCAACGAGGCCCAUUGGCAGAUCAUCGAAUCGCCCGUCUUUUCUAUUUCGUACACGCACAACGGCCCGAGUUCCCCGAAGCUGUCACAGUCAAGCGCCGAUUUUUGGGCUAAAUAUUUCACCGACAAUCCUAAUCUUCCACAACCAGAUUGGGAUAAAUUUUACGCCAAAAACCCUGGUCUCCGAAAACCCAAUGCUACUGCUGGAGGCGCUCCUGCAGCAGGCAACAGUGCCAAGGAGUAG